AUGGAGGGUGCCAAGACGGAGAGUGUUCCACUCGUCGCCCAGACGGACGACUCGAAGAGUGUCGACGCUGUGGAUGGAGAUGCCAGCAUCUCAGGUGCUCCAGCCUUGAUGGAGUCGGCCAGCGUGGAGAGUGCCCCCGCAGUGACGGAGGCGGCCACCAUGGAGAGUGCUCCAGCCGUGGCUGAGACGGGCGGCAUGGAGAGUUGGGAUGACUUACUGGAGUAUGCCAGCUUAAUGAGCACUGCGGCCAUGAUGGAGCCGACUGGGGUGGAGAGUGUCCCUGCGAUUGCUCCAGCCGCCGUGGAGACGGGCGACGUGCAGAGUGUCGACGCUGCCGAGGACGAGACCCCUGUCACACCCCGCGUCACACGUGUUCCGGCCGUGAUGGAGCCGACCAGCUCGGAGUGCGUCCCCGCGGAGGCGGAGGUGGCCGCCAUGCAGAGUGCUCCGGUCAUCGCGGAGGCGGACGACAGGCAGAGUGCUGACGCGGUGGAGGAGGAAACCCACGCCACACGUGCUUCCGCCGUGGUGGAGCCGACCAACGCGGAGUGCACCCCUGGAGAGAUGGAGGCGGCCGCCAUGGAGGUUGCUCCGGCCGUCGUCGCGAUGCACUGCACGGGGCGCGCGCCUGCUGCGGAGGAGAUAGCCAAAGACACGGGUUCUCCGGCCACGAUGGAGUCGACCAGCACGGAGAGCGUCCCCGCGGCGAUGGAGGUGGCCACCAUGGACAGUCCUCCGAUCCUCGUGGACAUCGGCGGCAUGAGAAGCGCCUCAGCUGUCAUGGAGGCGGCCGGGAGGACGAGCGCUCCGACCGUCAUGGAAAGGGCAGCUGCUGUCAUGGAGAGGGCAGACGUCGUCAUGGAGGUUGCCGGCACGGCGAGCGCCCAUGCCGUCAUGGAGAUGGCCAGCGGGGCGAGCGCCGCCGUCGUGAAGGAGGUCGCGGCGCCAGAGGCGUUCUACAUCGGGGGCGGCAGCACGUCGUACUACAUCGGGGACGACAGCGACUGCGAGGAGGCGCAGUGCAGCGUCGGCGCCGACGCCGUCGUCGUGCCCUCGUCCGCAAAAGCCGUUGCCGCGUGGGCGGAGGAGACCGCGCAUCGGGCGCUGACAGCGGCGGCGGAGCUGGACCAGAAGGUGAAGCUGGCACUGGAGAAGGCAGAGGCGUCGGAUCGGCGGCUGGAGGAGUACCAGCGCGAGCUCGAGCUCCUGUUUGAGGCCAAAGCGCGACAGGUCGCUCUCCUGACCGCCAAGCCGUAG